ACUAGGAUGUAGGCCUGCUAGCCCUCUGUGUCAAUCUCUCCCCACCCCGUCUUCCUUCCUUUCCCCCGUUCCUUGAGCUCUGUGCCAAGUUCUUUGCUAGACCUUAGCAAAGAUAUACAAUUAACUAGACACUUUCCCCACCUUCAAGGAGUUUGCAGCGUUGUCUGUUGGCCUCUGGUGGUGAGAGCACUCUAAUGGGCGCUCUAAUGGGCGAACAAUGGGCAACAGACUGGGGAGGGCAGAGGAGGUUCAGAAGGUAAAGGUGGAGGAGAGGCACCAUGAUCAAUCCUGUGCCCUCUGCUCCUCUGUCAGCCUGAAGACCCCUAUACUGAAGACCCCUUGGAGAGUCCCCCAGUGCCAGGACCCAGAGCCUCAGCUGGAACCGAGUUCUCAGUCAAGGUGGUUUACUUCUGCCAAUCAACAUGCCAACUUUAGAAGCUUCAGAAGAGAGGCAGAGAAAAUUUAAGUACCGAGGCAAAGAUGCAUCUAUGCGGCGGCAACAGCGGAUAGUGGUCAGCCUGCAGCUCCGGAAGGCCAAGAAAGACGAGCAAGCCUUAAAGAGAAGAAAUAUCACCAGUCUCUCCCCUGACCCAGCUUCUGAACAACCAACCAAAGGGGUCAGCCUCACCCUGCAAGAAAUAAUCAAUGGUGUGAAUGCCUCUGAUCCAGAUCUAUGUUUCCAGGCCACCCAGGCAACCAGGAAAAUGCUAUCCCGGGAAAGGAACCCUCCUGUAAACCUGAUUGUUAAAGCAGGACUCAUCCCCAGGCUGGUGGAGUUCCUGAAGGCAUCACUUCACCCCUGCUUGCAGUGUGAGGCCGCCUGGGCACUGACCAACAUUGCUUCAGGGACUUCAGAGCAGACUCGAGCUGUUGUGGAAGCCGGAGCCCUCCAGCCCUUGGUUGAGCUUCUGUCUUCCGCGCAUAUGAUUGUGUCUGAACAGGCAGUGUGGGCCCUUGGUAAUAUAGCAGGUGAUGGCCCAGAAUUCAGAGACUUGGUUAUUGCAAGCAACACCAUCCCACAUCUGCUGGCCCUGGUUUCAUCAAACAUACCGAUUACAUUUCUGCGGAACGUCACAUGGACCUUGUCCAACCUGUGCCGAAACAAGAACCCGUACCCUUGCCCAAAAGCUGUGAAGCAGAUGCUGCCUAUCCUCUUCCACCUCCUGCAGCACCAAGACAGCGAGGUUCUCUCUGACACCUGCUGGGCCCUGUCCUACCUCACCGAAGGCAGCAACGAGCGCAUCGGCCAAGUGGUUGACACAGGCGUCCUGCCCAGGCUGGUUGAGCUCAUGGCCAGCUCGGAACUCAACGUCUUGACCCCCUCUCUCGCCACUGUGGGGAACAUCGUCACGGGAACAGACCUCCAGACACAGGUGGCCAUCGAUGCGGGCAUCCUGAGUGUGCUGCCCCAACUUCUGAGGCACCCCAACUCCACCAUCCAGAAGGAGGCAGCCUGGGCCCUGAGCAACGUGGCCGCAGGGCCCCACCAGCACAUCCAGCAGCUGAUUGCUUGCAAUGUGCUGCCUCCCUUGGUGGCUCUGCUAAAAAAUGGAGAUUUUAAAGUCCAGAAAGAGGCUGUCUGGAUAGUGGCUAACUUCACAACUGGGGGCACCGUGGACCAGCUGAUCCAGCUCAUCCACUCUGGAGUCUUGGAGCCACUGGUGAACCUGCUCACCAUCCAAGACACCAAAAUUAUCAUCAUCAUCCUGGACAUCAUCAAUUUUCUCCUCCAGGCAGCAGAGAAGCAUUUGGAGAAGGAAAACCUGUGUCUUCUGAUAGAAGAACUUGGUGGGGUUGAUAGAAUCGAGGCUUUACAACUUCACGAGAACCAUCAGGUUGCCCUGACUGCUUUAAACAUUAUCGAGAACCACUUUUGUGAGGAAGAAGAAAAUGGCACAACAUUACCAGCCCUGGACCAAGAUCAUGAAUUCUUAAAGUACUUAACAAAAAAAUACCAAAGCUCCACAACUUCUAAACCAAGGACCAAACCCUAAAGGAUAACUUCUUUAAGAAGCAGCACUCCUAUA